AUGUCUAGAAAUGGUGUGUGGCAAUUGAAGAAGAUGUGUAUCACAUAUUGUGAACACUCUGGUAGCAGCAAAUAUAUUAGAAACAUUUUACCAACAGAUUUUAUUAAAUUUAAAGAAGCUAACCCACAGAUCGAGUUUGAAGAAAAGGUUGUCAGUGGAUGUCAUCCAUCUGUAACUGCUACCUAUUUAUCAGGAAAAGAAAAGUUUUUACCAUUGCGUGGAAGAGAAGAAGAAAAGAUUAUUAAACAUUUACAGAAUCUAAGAGAUACAUCUGGUUUUAAACCAACAAAGUUUGGUGAUCGUUAUAUUAAAAAGACAGAUACAAUUCAAGGUUUAUGGCAUCCUUUCUUGGAUCUAAAGAAUGCACAACAACAAUAA